UGUUGUUGUUGUCAAACCAGCUGUCAGUUGUGUAUAGUGGCUUCAGCGUUUCGUAUUUUUUGUUUUCCUUUGUGAUUGUGCGUAUUCUCUAAACGGAAAACAUGAAGAACUUCCCAGUUUUCGUAUUUCCUGUGUCCCUUGAAUUUUAUCUUAGUGCUAGACACACGCACAAGCAGUUAUUGACUGUGUAUAAUCCUUACGAUUUCUCUGUGAAUUUUAAAGUGCUAUGUACAUCUCCAAACAAGUUUACGGUGAUAGACCCUGAAGGUGUUAUAGCCCCUCAAAGUUGCAUAGACAUUGUCGUACGCUACACUCAGCCAGCUGUUACACACUGCGACACAACAGAAAAGUUCAGGAUAACUAUGUAUGACAGGAAUACCCAGCAGGCAUUGGGCAAAAGAGAUAUUCCUACGAAGCUAAUAGAAGGCGAACCUUCAAUCUUAAAUCCUGAGAGUAUGGGUGACAGCUUCCAUCCACUUACCACGAGGGCAGCUCCCAUCCGGCCUGCAGAGGAGCAACCACGAGUUUCUUGUCAGCACCCUUCACAUCACAGAGAGCAACAACCAGUAAACGUUGUAGCAGUUGCUGUCAGUAUAUGCUGCAUCGCUGCUCUCCUGCUACCAACGCAACCAGAGCAAGUCACCCAAACACAGUGGCCAGAAUGGCUCCACAUAGGUUCCAACCUCAAACUAGUAUUUGCCUUUGUUUUAGGGUUAGUAAGUAUGUUGGUACUAAGACCUUAGAAUCUACAUAAGAUUUAAUCAUACCUCUCAUUAGGCAUAGCAUUCAUAAAUCCAUCAGUACUACUGCUACACUUCUGUGGCAGUUUCAAGGGAAUUAUAGAAUGAAAUCCAAGCGAUGGGAAUUUUCUCCAGAUUUUUAGAUAGAGUUUAAUGAAAAUUUAAGGUCAUCAUCAAAACUGUAUAGUAAAAUAUUGUGAUUUAUCUGGUAGAAGAAUUUGUUUAAAUUAAAUUACAUACAGCAGAAACACAUCAUAUAUCUCAUCAGCCUAUUUAAUUCAAUCUCUAAAUUAUUUUAGUCUAAAUCAAUCAUAUUCAUGAACAGGGUAAAUAUUAUAGACACUGGCAGCUGCAUGUUUAAACUAUGUGUUGUCUUAAUAAGUGCUCUGCGUUUUAUAGAACUGUUUAAAAAUCCUGAAAUUCUAAUAAUAACAAUAUUUUUAAUGUUACAUUGAAUGUUCUUGCUUCUACUUAAGAUUUAUUCACUGCAUCUCUUUACUGUAUCUGUAAUCUGUAUACUCAACACCAGGCAGGGAUGUAAAUUCUUUUUUGUGCAUCCAUGUUGAACACAUUAUCCUUUUGGUGCUGGUUUUCGAGUGGGAAAUGUCCUUCUAUGGAUAGUUAAAUUAAAAUUAAACAUCCCUUUUAGCAGGGUCAUUUUUUUACCUUGUGUUGUGUGGGGCUGUGGUUUGUCUAAAACAUGUCAAGUAAAAAAUUAUGAAUUGAUUUAUAAUUUUAUUUUGGUCUUAAUAUUGUGGUGCAUGUUAAAAUAAGAGUAGAGUUUGUUCUCUCAUUACUUUAGCUAGGUGCUGUUUUAUUUUGUGAAUUAGGGCUCUGCUUUCUUGAACGUGAUGGUACACCUCCAUUUUACUAAAACAAGUGAUAUUUUUGUAGUAAUUUUGAAAACAAGAUACGACGCAACUUUUGGGGUUGAGUUUUGCUAAGGUGAAAUGUUUUGACUAUGAUUAAUUCAACAAGAGCUUUUAUUUUCAGUGAAGAAAAAAUUUCAACACGAUAACCUAGGAUUGAUAGAAAAUUGAAUCACGUUCAAGGCAGCAGACCACCUGGAAUUGAUAUUUUAAAAAUUAAUUAAAUUUUUCACUUAGAAAUGAAUCUAUCUAUAUUAUGUGCUAUUUUAUUGUAUUCGAAUUUUGGAAACUCACAACCAUGCGACAUAUUUUAAUCUGAAAAACUGACUACUUUUAAGUAUCGCGACUUUAUUGAGAAAGUAUUACACUUUGGUUGUAGAUAUCUUUAAGUAAUGUAUUUUAAAUUAGCUUAGUGCUUAUAAAUAUUUGAAGAAAAUCCAUAAUAGCUGUAAAUAAAUUGAUGAUUAAACCUAAGGUACAGAAAAAAGCAUUUAUUAAAAUUAAAAAUCCAUGACUACUUAAACAGACUUGUAAAAUAAUUUUAUCAAAUUCGAAAUUGGUCUACAUUUGUUGUAAAAUAAGUUUACGUAUUAAGUUGUACUUGUCCUAACUUUUUACCUUUAAAAUUCUUUGUGAUUUGGGACCACCAUUGAUGUGUUAUGCCAAAAAUAUGACUAAUCAGAACAUUGCCUUUUAUAUUGUUCCUGUAUCUCAUUGUAUUUUUCUAUUGGGAAUGAGAAUUUUUGCUACUUAUUUGAGAAGGAUAUCGACUAAUUAUAAAGAAAUUUUAAAAGUA